AUGUUCGAGUUGUUCUGGCCGGCGAAAUGUUGCGACGACCUCGGCGUGUUGUUUUCCGUGUGGCUGGUCGCGUCGUGCGUUUACAGUUUCGCGCGGGCCUCGAAGAUCACGUGCAUCUUGGAAAAAUGCGACGACCUGAUGUCCAACAUAACCGUGCCCAUGUUCCCGCGGACCGUGGCGUGCAUGUGCGCGGUGGCCGUGAUCGCGUACACGUGCCAACGCGCCAGCAACAGAUCCGCCGAGUACGAAGAAAGAAUCGAACGGUACGCGGUGUGCUUUCCGAUGGGCGUUCGCAAGGCAAACUCGCGGCGUGUUUACACCGCGCUGGUGGCGGCCGUUUACGCGACAGUGACGGUCCCAGCCUACGCGUACAGGAUUUAUCUGUUCUGCAAGCUGCACGAAGGCCGGGAACUGAUCGCGUUUUACGUACUCUUGUACGGGCAGAACUUUGUAACGUGCCUGUCGGAAUUACGGUUUUUGCUGUACUGUUUCGAGCUGUUCCAACACUUUCAGCUGAUCAACGAGGAAAUAUCCGCGAUCAAGUCGAAAACGAUCGUCGCCAACAAAUACCCGCUGGUAUUGCGGUCCGACGAGUACCGCCGAGCCGGCAACAACGUCAUCGGUUCGGCCACCGCCACCAAAGACGAUCGCGGCGUUCCGCACCGGUUAAAACAGUACCUGNUUUUUACAGUUUUCGUGAAAACCAAACCUUAA